GUGUGUGAUCUGCGAUGAGGAGCUCCGUCAACGGCCAACCCCUCCGAUGCUCAAUUGCGCCAAUACGAGUCAUCACGGCAAUUGUCGUCAAUGCCAAAAUAUCAAAAUUAUCAGUGCUCUUUUCAAGCAUUAGAUCAAUCGUAGAAUAUACCAUAAUAUCUUCUUUUUAAAACGAUAGAAGAACAAUAGCCAGAAUGACGGACAACGAUGCAGAGGGCCUGACUCCUUUAUGGGAGCACAAUGACCCCUCAUCCACUAAUAUGUACCGCUUCAUGGAACGCGUAAAUGAAAAGCAUGGACUCAACUUCAAGACGUAUAAAGAACUAUACGCGUGGAGCGUCACCGACCUCCCGACCUUCUGGGAAGAAGUAUGGCACUUCACCGGAAUCAAGGCGUCCACGCCCUACGAAAAGGUGCUAGACGCGUCGGCGCCCAUGUUCCCUCCCCCCGCCUUCUUCGAGGGCGCCCAUCUCAACUUCGCCGAGAACCUGCUGUUUCCACCCUCGAACCCGCCGGCGGACGAUGUCGCGGUGUUCGAGGUCACGGAGAUCGACCGACGAACCGUCUCCUGGGGCCAGCUCCGUGAGCGGGUGCGUGAAUGCCAGAGCGCUUUGCAACACGGGCUCGGGGUUCGGCCGGGCGAUCGGGUUGCGGGUUUUGUUGGCAACCAUGCGAACACGUUGGUUGCGGCGCUGGCGUCCAUUUCGCUGGGUGCGAUCUGGACGGCUGUGAGCCCGGAUUUCGGGGUUCAGGGCGUCCUGGAACGGCUGCGUCAGAUUGAGCCAACCGUGCUGUUCGCAGACAGUGCAUCGUUCUACAAUGGUAAAGUCCAUCCAGCUUUGCCUAAGGUGGCUGAGAUCGCGGCCGACCUGCCUUCAUUGAAGGCCGCGGUUAUAUUCCGGUCGAUCAGCGGCUUAGAUGUGGAUAUCUCCAGCGUCAAAGUCCUGUAUGGUGAGGUUUUAACUUACAAUGACUUCCUCCAACGGAGCCGACCUAGUGAACUGAUCUUCGAGCAACUCCCGCCCAACCAUCCGAUAUAUAUCCUCUAUAGCAGUGGAACCACCGGCGCCCCGAAAUGCAUAUGUCACGGCGCCAUCGGAACUCUGAUUCAACAUAAGAAAGAGCUUUUCAUUCAUGGUGAUGUUGGGCCGGGUUCGCGAAUCUUGUAUUACACCACGACGGCGUGGAUGAUGUGGCACUGGUUAGUAACCUCUCUCGCCAGUGGCGCAGCUCUGGUUCUCUAUGACGGUUCUCCGUUUCGAUCCAGAGCCGUGUUGGCGAAGGAAUCCAUCAAUGGAAAUCCCGUCCUUGAACAGGAGGACGCCACCCCAACAUCCAUCCCAGACGACUACGCGAUGGCCAAACUGAUCUCCGAACUCAAAAUCACCCACUUUGGCACCUCCGCCAAAUACCUCUCUCUCCUCGAGCAGAAGCAGCUCGACCCCCGAUCCCACCCUUCCCUCGACCUCACCUCCCUCCAAGCCAUCUACUCCACCGGCUCCCCCCUCCCCCCCUCCACCUUCCGCUACAUUUACCGCGUCUUCCCCCCCUCCCUCAACCUCGCUAGCAUCACUGGCGGCACCGACAUCGUCUCCCUCUUCGGCGCCCCCAACCCCCUCCUCGCCGUCUACCCCGGUGAAAUCCAAGCCCCCGGCCUCGGCAUGGCCAUCCGCGCCUUCGAGCCCGACCGCACCGACGUCACCGACCGCGGCACCGAAGGCGACCUCGUCUGUACGGCGCCGUUCCCCUGCCAACCCGUCGGCUUCUGGGCGCGCGACGCCGACGGCUCCUCGGGCAUCCACACCGCCACCGGCAUCGCGAAGUACCGCGCCGCGUACUUCGAGCUGUUCCCCGGCGUGUGGCACCACGGGGACUUUGUGCGGUUCAACCCGCGGACAGGCCCGGGGUUGGUGAUGUUGGGGCGGAGCGACGGGGUGCUAAAGCCGGCGGGGGUGCGGUUCGGGAGCGCGGAGAUCUACAAUGUGGUGUUGAAGGGAUUUGGGAGCGAGGUGGCGGAUGCGCUGUGCAUUGGGCGGCGGAGGGCGGAGGAUGCGGAUGAAGAGGUGGUCUUGUUUUUGAAGAUGGAGAAAGGGAAACAGUUGGAUGAAGGGCUAAGGGAGAGGGUGAAGAGGACGAUUCGAGGGGAGUUAAGCGCGAGACAUGUGCCGGCUAUUGUUGAUGAGUGCGUCGAGAUUCCAGUGACGACGAACGGGAAAAAGAUCGAGGGGGCGGUGAAGCAAAUCCUCUCUGGAAUGAAUAUCAAGCUAUCCGCGUCCGUGAGCAAUCCGGAGUGUUUGGAGUUCUAUCGUGAGUGGGCAAGGACGCAUUAA